AACGUUUUCAAGGUCGCCGAUUCAUCACCAAAGGAGGCGUUUUUACACUAUUGCCGUUCAACACAUGGCGGAGGAAGAUGUUGUCGCUAUUCCCGUGCAGCCAUCUGAUCACAAGCGCAAGCUUGAGAAUCUUGAAUCGGAGAUCCUCGAACAACAUCAUGAAGUUUCUGUAGAUGGUGGCAAAAACCCAUCUGAUUAUUGUCAACCGAAGCGACCGAAGCUUGACGAUGAAGCUACUGAUGGUUUAGGUGUUGAGGAGAGGCCUGAGGAGGCGGGAACUGUGAAACCCAUUGCUCAGAAAGAUGAGAAUCAAGACGGUAAACCUCUAAUUGAGGAAGUUGAAGAGCCCAUCAACACGAAUGAAUCUGAAAAUAAGAAGGGUGAUAAUGGUAAGCCUGAGGAUAACCAACCAGCUUCUGUUGAGGCUGCAACUUCCCAGGAAGUUUCUGUUGAAGAAAGUAAGGAAACGAGUGAUGCCAAUGCUCAGAAAGAAGUUGAAAACGGAAGCAAGGAAGUUAAUGAUUGUGACUCUAAGAAGGAAGAUAACAGUGAAAAUAAGGAAGCUAAUGCUGGUGGCGAGAGUAAGGAAGUGAAUGGCAGUGGCUCUCAUGAAGAGAUUGGUGACGAGAGUAAAGAAGUGAAUGGUGGUAGUACUCAUAAGGAUGUUGAUGAUACACAGUCCACGACUCGCCGAAUAGAUGUCCCGAGUUCGAAGGUUGGUACACUUAUUGGUAAAGGUGGGGAGAUGGUAAGGUAUCUUCAGGUCAAUUCUGGUGCUAAAAUCCAAAUCCGGAGGGAUGCAGAGGCUGAUCCAAGUUCAGCUUUAAGACCGGUGGAGAUAAUUGGAACUGUUGCUUGUAUCGAGAAAGCAGAGAAGCUUAUCAAUGCAGUCAUAGCAGAGGCUGAAGCAGGAGGUGUACCUGCCCUUGCUGCAAGGGGUGUCCCAGAACAGAUGGAGAUUAAAGUUCCGAAUGAUAAGGUUGGUGUGAUCAUUGGCCGAGGUGGGGAGACUAUCAAGAACAUGCAGACAAAGUCGAGAGCACGCAUUCAGUUAAUACCACAAAAUGAAGGUGAUGGAUCUAAGGAAAGAACUGUUCGCAUUUCUGGUGAUAAAAGGCAGAUUGAUAUAGCCACAGCUUUGAUAAAGGAUGUUAUGUACCAGGAUGGAAGGCCAUCGCCAUAUUCUGGUGGUUUUAACCAGUCGGCUUACCAACCUCGAGGACCAGGUGGUCCACCUCAAUGGGGUUCGCGUGGUCCUCAUGGGCCACAUUCAUUGCCAUACAAUUACCACCAUGGUGGACCGUACUCGUCUCAAGGCUCACAUUUCAGACCUCCCAAUUCUGGCGGCUAUCCUCCACAACAUAUGCCUCCUAGAAGUGGAUAUGGUUCUGGUUGGGAACAAAGACCUCCACAUUCUGGUCCAUAUGAUUAUUACGGUAGGCAAGGAGGUCAAAACCCAGGCCCUGUGCCCUCCCAUGGUGCUCCUUACUCCCAGGCAGGUGCUCAGCAGACUUAUGGGCAGAUGUAUGAUCAGCCACACUAUGAUAAUCCUCCUAUGCAGCAAUCUUAUGGAGGAUAUGGAGGCUCCCAACAGGGAUAUCCAUCAGUAGGUGGUCAGCACCAAAUGCAGCAGCCAAGUAGACCUUACGGGAUGCAAGGAUCAGCUGAACAAGGAUAUGGGCCUCCAAGGCCAGCAGCACCUCCUGGUGAUGUGCCUUACCAAGGUUCAACUCCCGCAGCACCAUCGUAUGGUUCGACACCAGCAGCACCGUCAUAUGGUUCAACUCCCGCAGCACCAUCGUAUGGUUCAAACAUGGCUCCACAACAGCAAUAUGGAUAUGCAUCAAGUGUGCCUGCUCAGCAAACUUAUCCUUCAUACAGCUCUGCGGCACCAUCUGAAGGUUAUAAUGGUACACAACCACCAGCAGUUGCCCCAGCUUAUGAGCAGCACGGUGGUCAGCCAGCUUCUGGUGUGCAACAAACUUCAGUUGGGUAUGGGCAAGUACCUCCAACCGGUGGUUAUAGUUCGUAUCCCUCCACACAGCCGGCUUAUGGUAAUGCCCCAGCUCAGAGCAAUGGAAACUAUGGAUACACUGGCUCUCAAUAUCCUAGCUACGGAGGUGGAAACACGUCAGCAUAUGCUGCACCUGCUGGCCAAACUGCUUAUUCCCAGACUGCACCUGCUCAGGCGGGCUAUGAGCAAUCUGCAACUCAAUCAGCUGGCUAUGCAGCUGCUCCAGGAACAGCACAGUGAUAUCAUUGUCACUCAAACCAGUACGAUGCAGGCCAGGCUUAUGAUGUUGCUCGCUAGAAGAUCAUUAGUAAUGCAAGGUUAGUAGACUUGCAUUCCUAAACUGCACAUCCUGAUUGAGACAGCCUCAGGUGUUUGUGUCUUCUUAUAAUCGUUGGAUCUAAACGUGCAUGACUCAUUCUCCCUUUAGAUUUUGCACUGUGAUCUGAGUACACCCUAAUUCGCUCAUCUUCUGUAUUGUACUGCUUCUAUUGCUUAAGGUGAUUUUUAAGAAGUUGUGAUCAUUUUACUGAUUCUUGCUUCAGUUUUUUAUGUUCUCAUACAUUUCAGUAGCGUUAGGUUCGAGAGCCUUGUUAGGGAAAUAUAUAUUGUCCUUUAAA